AAUUAAAAAUAAAGAAAAUGGGCAUACCCACACAAUUAUUAAAAUGCGAUCUAUAACUAUAUAGUAUGUGAAAGCUAUACAGAAAUAAUAAAACAUAAAGCAGAUAUUCUCAGCUAGCAGUCGGACAGUUGAUUGUGUUUCAUGGCAGGUUCCCUCAAUACAUGAUUCUAUGCAGCUGUUUAUUGACCUUGGAAGAAAAAACAUGGCGGACAUCAAUACAGAAAACAAGUCGCCAGGCAAACGCCAUGUUUUUGGACAGGGAAUGUCAGAAAGGGUAGCACAGGGAUCUGAAAAUAGUCAGGAAAAUUUGCCAAGUCAGGGUUUUCUCUUUGGCCAAGGAAUGUCACAAAGAGUAACAAAGGCUGCAACAGAAACAAAAGAUGAAACGACCUCAGAAAAGAAAGAGACAGUGCACCAUGCAGCCCCUAGCAGUUCUGGUUCAGGCUCUCAGCUGUUUUCUUCACAGUUGCCUUCUUCACCUGAAACUGGCACAACGCGUCACCCUCUCUCUGCCACUUGUGGAAGCUUUGCCUCAUCUGGUGCUACAUCUGGGUUUACAUCUGCCUCUGCAGCAACAUCUGGUGUUGCUCGUCCAUUCGGAGGGUUCAGACCUGUCACUGCUCCAAUGACUGGAAGCACUGUUGGGCAGCAUGGAGGCAGUCACUCCCCAUACACUGCCUCAGAAGCUCCCUAUGGGUCACAUAUGCCAAGAACAUUUACAGGAGUGCCAGGAGGGGUCUUGGCUCCUAGUAAAUUUGCACCUAACCCUUUUGCAUCAAGGCCUGCAGAGUCAGGAGUGUCCUCUACAUCUGCACAGUCAUCAGACUCAGAGUCAGAGGAAAGAAAAGAGAGGCCUAUAAUUGCACCUGCCCACCUAAGAGUUUCCCCUCUUGUGAGGCGGUCUAAUUCAUCUUCAAAUGAAGCCAAUUCAUCAUUUGCUGUCAGAAACAUUCUCCGACCUUCUACUUUAAGUGCACAGACAGCAGAAUUAGGGAAAGGAUUAAAAUCAGAUGAAGAAUCUGAACCGUGUUCAAGUUCAGCAGAUGGGGAGAAAACGAAACCGCUGUCACUUUUAUCACAUCAGUCAGAGGAUGGACAAAAAGGAAGCGUGUUUGCAUGUGUUGUCACAAAGCCAAGUUCUACGGAAACUGAAGGCCAAAAAUUUGUUUUUGGUCAAAAAAUGGAUGAAAGAGUGGUUAAUGCUCCACUCUCUCCUGCUGCAGAGCCAAGUGAAAACACAUUUGAAGAAAAAGCCAAAUCUGAAGAAAACACAACUCCUACCAAGACUCUGGAGGAAUCUGCCAAUGAGUACCAGGCGAAACAAGCUAUUAAAGAAUAUAAAGAGGUGGAAGUUGUUACAGGAGAGGAGGAGGAAUCCAAUGUUUUUCAUAACUAUUGUAAACUAUUUGUAUUUGACAAAAGCACACAGGCAUGGGUAGAAAAAGGUCGAGGGCAUUUACGUCUUAAUGACUCUUUACCAGAUGAAAAUAGGAAAUUCCACUCUAGACUAGUGAUGAGAACAACUGGCAGUUUACGCGUGGUAUUGAAUUGUAAGAUCUGGUCUGGGAUGUCAGUGGAUAGAGCCAGUCAUAAGAGUGUUAGGAUAACAGCUCUGGAAGAAGACGGACUCAAAGUUUACUUAAUAAUGGCCACUCCUAAAGAUACAGAGCAGCUAUUCAGGGCAAUAGACUGGAGGGUACAGCAACUUAAAGUUGCCGAGGAGACAGAAGCCAAGACAGCAGAAACAGUGGCGUCAAACUCAGAAAAUGGAGUAGGUAGUCAUUCACAUCACAGCAAGAGAAAAGUGGAAGACAAUGAGACAGAAGCAACAGGAGGUGUGGAAGUGCCUUCAAAAAAAUCCAGACAGAGCAGCAGUCCUGAAGAUUCUGACAGACCAUUAGACUCGCAGGAAGAGUCCAACUGUGACAGUCUACUAGAUGUUGACUCUGCAUCAAAUUCAAGUUACAGCCUUCAGUCCACGCCAGGACAGUAAACCCUGUGGAUAUUGACUGAUUUGUUACUGAGUUGGGAACUCACACUGUUUAUUGCCAUGCUACAAGAAUCAGUUCCAGCCUGGAGAGCUAUGCCAUUUUAUUACUUGGUAGUGAAAUGGGAAUCACAACCUAAAAACGGGCACCAGAUACAGAUGAUCUGGUUUACUGUUGAAAUUGGCUUUCUUCCAGUUGUUAUUGAGCUAGAAACAGGCAAAUUUCUUUCUGUUAUCACUCUGUUAAAGAAUAAGUCCAGGACUGGAAACCUGCAUACAUGCAGUAUUACUUGGUAGUAUAACACAGUUCUGUCAAUUACUGCUUGAAUGGUGUAGUUCUGUGAGGAUAGAAUAUCUCAGAAGCCAGUGACAAUCACAACAAUUCACAUUCUGCUAGAAGCAGUGCAUCCACUAGCCAACACGGUGGAACUGGUGUUAGAUGUAUUGCAAUGGUUAAACAUCUUGCAUUGGGAUUAGUUAGUGAGCAAGCACAGCAGUUGACUUUGCUGCAAGCUUAGAUAAAACGCGUCCAUCUUUGAAUUGGUUUACAAUUAGACUAUCUAAAAAUCAGAUGCUUCAAAAGUGAAAAGAGCACAUGCUCCCUGCAAUGAUGAAAUUCAGUUGUCAAUGAGCAGAAUCGACAGUAUUUUUUAUCAAACAUAUUUAGUUCUAAGCCUUUAUCUACCACCAGUGGUAGAUGAACAGAAAAUAAUAUUAUUGUAAUGCUGUUUGUGACAGCAUGGGGAAUAUAAAUCGCUCUUUACAGUUAAAAUAAAAUAAAAUGCAAAAUUUUGGACAAAAAAGAAGAUGCUUUAGUUCUGUCACUUCUAAAAUGCUUUGCACAUUUUAUUUCAGUAAACAACCAAAAAUUAAAAUUUCUUCAUAUGACUUUGG